AGAGCGGGGAGCGCGGGGAGAGGGAGGAGAGCUAACUGCCCAGCCAGCUUGCGUCACCGCCUCAGAGCGGAGAAGAGCGAGUAGGGGAGAGCGAGACCAGUUUGAAGGGGAGGACCGGUGCGAGUGAGGCAGCCCCGAGGCUCUGCUCGCCCACCACCCAAUCCUCGCCUCUCUUCUGCUCCACCUUCUCUCUCUGCCCUCACCUCUCCCCCGAAAACCCCCUAUUUAGCCAAAGGAAGGAGGUAAGGGGAACCCUUUCCCCUCCCCUUCCAAAAGACAAAAACAGAAAAACACUUUUCCAGACCGGAGAAAGCAGGAGAGAGAGAGGGGUCGCCGGGCUGGUCAUGGAGCUGCUGUGCUGCGAGGUGGACCCGGUCCGCAGGGCCGUGCGGGACCGCAACCUGCUCCAAGACGACCGCGUCCUGCAGAACCUGCUCACCAUCGAGGAGCGCUACCUUCCGCAGUGCUCCUACUUCAAGUGCGUGCAGAAGGACAUCCAACCCUACAUGCGCAGAAUGGUGGCCACCUGGAUGCUGGAGGUCUGUGAGGAACAGAAGUGCGAAGAAGAGGUCUUCCCUCUGGCCAUGAAUUACCUGGACCGUUUCUUGGCUGGGGUCCCGACUCCGAAGUCCCAUCUGCAACUCCUGGGUGCUGUCUGCAUGUUCCUGGCCUCCAAACUCAAAGAGACCAGCCCGCUGACUGCGGAGAAGCUGUGCAUUUACACCGACAACUCAAUCAAGCCUCAGGAGCUGCUGGAGUGGGAACUGGUGGUGCUGGGGAAGUUGAAGUGGAACCUGGCAGCUGUCACUCCUCAUGACUUCAUUGAGCACAUCUUGCGCAAGCUGCCCCAGCAGCGGGAGAAGCUGUCUCUGAUCCGCAAGCAUGCCCAGACCUUCAUUGCUCUGUGUGCCACCGACUUUAAGUUUGCCAUGUACCCACCGUCGAUGAUCGCAACAGGAAGUGUGGGAGCAGCCAUCUGUGGGCUCCAGCAGGAUGAGGAAGUGAGCUCGCUCACUUGUGAUGCCCUGACUGAGCUGCUGGCUAAGAUCACCAACACAGACGUGGAUUGUCUCAAAGCUUGCCAGGAGCAGAUUGAGGCGGUGCUCCUCAAUAGCCUGCAGCAGUACCGUCAGGACCAACGUGACGGAUCCAAGUCGGAGGAUGAACUGGACCAAGCCAGCACCCCUACAGACGUGCGGGAUAUCGACCUGUGAGGAUGCCAGUUGGGCUGAAAGAGAGAGAUGCAUCCAUAAUCUGCUCUCUCCUUCUUUCUGGUUAUGUUUUUGUUCUUUGUGUUUUAGGGUGAAACUUAAAAAAAAUUCUGCCCCCACCUAGAUCAUAUUUAAAGAUCUUUUAGAAGUGAGAGAAAAAGAUCCUACGAAAACGGAAUAAUAAAAAGCAUUUGGUGCCUAUUUGAAGUACGGCAUAAGGGAAUCCCUUGUAUAUGCGAACAGUUAUUGUUUGAUUAUGUAAAAGUAAUAGUAAAAUGCUUACAGGAAAACCUGCAGAGUAGUUAGAGAAUAUGUAUGCCUGAAAUAUGGGAACAAAUUAGAUGAGACUUUUUUUUUCAUGUUAUGAGCUAGCACAUACACCCCCUUAUAGUAUAAUUUCAAGGAACUGUGUACGCCAUUUAUGGCAUGAUUAGAUUGCAAAGCAAUGAACUCAAGAAGGAAUUGAAAUAAGGAGGGACAUGAUGGGGAAGGAGUACAAAACAAUCUCUCAACAUGAUUGAACCAUUUGGGAUGGAGAAGCACCUUUGCUCUCAGCCACCUGUUACUAAGUCAGGAGUGUAGUUGGAUCUCUACGUUAAUGUCCUCUUGCUGUCUACAGUAGCUGCUACCUAAAAAAAGAUGUUUUAUUUUGCCAGUUGGACACAGGUGAUUGGCUCCUGGGUUUCAUGUUCCGUGACAUCCUGCUUCUUCUUCCAAAUGCAGUUCAUUGCAGACACCACCAUAUUGCUAUCUGAUGGGGAAAUGUAGCUAUGGGCCAUAACCAAAACUCACAUGAAACGGAGGCAGAGGGAGACCAAGGGUGGGAUCCAGAAUGGAAUCUUUUCUGUUAUUGUAUUUAAAAGGGUGAUGUGGCCUUGGCAUUUCUUCUUAGAAAAAAACUAAUUUUUGGUGCUGAUUGGCAUGUCUGGUUCACAGUUUAGCAUUGUUAUAAACCAUUCCAUUCGAAAAGCACUUUGAAAAAUUGUUCCCGAGCGAUAGAUGGGAUGGUUUAUGCAAGUCAUGCUGAAUACUCCUCCCCUCUUCUCUUUUGCCCCCUCCCUUCCUGCCCCCAGUCUGGGUUACUCUUCGCUUCUGGUAUCUGGCAUUCUUUGGUACACAGUUCUGGUGUUCCUACCAGGACUCAAGAGACACGCCUUCCUGCUGACAUUCCCAUCACAACAUUCCUCAGAAAAGCCUGUAAACUAAACUCUGUUACCAUUCUGAUGGCACAGAAGGAUCUUAAUUCCCAUCUCUAUACUUCUCCUUUGGACAUGGAAAGAAAAGUUAUUGCUGGUGCAAAGAUAGAUGGCUGAACAUCAGGGUGUGGCAUUUUGUUCCCUUUUCCGUUUUUUUUUUUUUAUUGUUGUUGUUAAUUUUAUUGCAAAGUUGUAUUCAGCGUACUUGAAUUUUUCUUCCUCUCCACUUCUUAGAGGCAUUCAGUUAGCAAAGAGGUUGGAGCAACAACUUUUUUUUUUUUUUUUGCACAAUUGUAAUUGACAGGUAAUGAAGCUAUUUGUUAAAAUAUUUGCCUUUUUAAGUAAAAAAGAAAAAUCAGAACAGGGCUAUUUGAAGAAUUAUUUUAUACACAGAUUCUGCCUUGUUUCAUAGUAUGAGGGUUGAAGACGGAAAACAAUCUAAGGGUCUCUUAUUUUUUUCAUUUUGUUUUGUUCAGUUUGGUUUUUUUUUUUUUUUGCGCUGCUAAGAAGCUAAAAUCAUCCAUCCUUAUUCACAUUGACAGUACCUAGCUGUAAUGUUUCACAGAGUGUGCUGCUAUUUUAUAAACAUUUUUAUAAUAUAUUAUUUUACUGCUUAAAUUCCAAGUCCUGAAGUAGAUGGUUGAGAUAUGAGUUCUUCGUACUGGAAAAGCCCUUCCGUAGUUUGUUUUCUUCUGGUAGCAUAUUCAUGGUUGUUGUUUUUUUUUUUUUCUUUUUUGGUUUUUUUUUUUUUUCCUCUGAUCACAUUCUUCAAAGACGGAGUAUUCUUUACCUCAGGUUUACUGGACAAAAUCAAUAACUACAAAAGGCAAUGAUUCACACUUUUGUUUUCAUAAUACCUCACAACCGUACAGUUUCUGCUUGGGAGCCCAUUCGCGUAAGGAAUACAGAAGCAGUGUGAGCAGGGCUGACUCCCUCUCAGGUGGAAGGCAGGGCGGUCUCACUCCCAGGGACCUUUUUGGUCAUGGAGGCCAUUGGGCUCCCAUUUAGACCCCAGUAUCCUCAUCAUGAUGGAAAAAAUACAUUGAACCAAGGGAUCCUCCCUGCCCUUCAAGGCAGACGUUCAGUACAAACAUUUAUGCAGUAGACUCAGAUGUCGUAAUUUGCACUUAGGUACCAGGUAUCAGGAAACAGACUAAAAAGAAUUCCACCAGGCUGUUUGGGGAUCCUCAUCUUGCAGCUUUUUCAGAAGCGGGGCUUCAUCUGCAAAGGGCCCUUUCAUCUUGAAGUUUUUCCCCUCUGUCUUUCCCCUCCCCUGGCAUGGACACCUUGUGUUUAGGAUCAUCUCUGCAGGUUUCCUAGGUCUGAAUCUGCGAGUAGAUGAAUCUGCAGCAAGCAGCGUUUAUGGUGCUUCCUUCUCCCUCCUCUGUCUCUAACUGCGCAGGCAAGCACUAUGCAAGCCCAGGUCCUCUGCUAAGCGGUACUAAAUGGUCGGGUUUUCAAUCACACUGAAUUGGCAGGAUAAGAAAAAUAGGUCAGAUAAGUAUGGGAUGAUAGUUGAAGGGAGGUGAAGAGGCUGCUUCUCUACAGAGGUGAAAUUCCAGAUGAGUCAGUCUCUUGGGAAGUGUGUUUAGAAGGGUUCAGGACUUUGUGAGUUAGCAUGACCCUAAAAUUCUAGGGGAUUUCUGGUGGGACAAUGGGUGGUGAAUUCUGAAGUUUUGGAGAGGAAAGUGGAGCAGCCAGCAAGUUAGCUAGCCAGAGUUUUCUCAAGAGCCAGCUUUGCUCAGCACACUCUCCUGGGCCCCAAGGAGUCCCACAGAAUGGGGAAAGCGGGAACCCUGGAGUUCUUGGGAAUCUUGGAGCCUAAAGAGAAACCGAGGUGCAAAUUCAUUUCACGGCGACUGACCCUUGAGCUUAAACAGAAGCAGCAAAUGAAAGAACCGGACAAAUAAGGAAGGGCACAAGCCUACCCGACUCUAUUUACAGUCUGUAACUUUCCACUCUUCCUGUAGUCCUGAGGCCCCUGGGUCCUUCUAGCUUUUCUCUUUCCCAUCCUUGGGGCCUUGUGUGAUGGUGGGUGUGGGGCUGCUGAUGGGAAAGUCGGGUGUUGUUAGGCUUUUCUGCCUGCUCCUGCUUAAACAAAAGAAGGAAUCCUGGAUUUUGCCCUCUCCUUAGAUCUUAGUCUCUUUGGUAGGAGUUUUGUUCCAGAGGAGCUUUCCCCCUUGGAUUUGAACUUGCUCUUUUUGUUGUUGUUGUUCUUUCUCUUCUUUUUCUUACCUCCCACUAAAGGGGUUCCAAAUUAUCCUGGUCUUUUUCUACCUUGUUGUGUUUCUAUCUCGUCUUUACUUCCAUCUGUUUGUUUUUUUCUCCAUCAGUGGGGGCCGAGUUGUUCCCCCAGCCUGCCAAAUUUUGAUCCUUCCCCUCUUUUGGCCAAAUCCUAGGGGGAAGAAAUCCUAGUAUGCCAAAAAUAUAUGCUAAGCAUAAUUAAACUCCAUGCGGGUCCAUAACAGCCAAGAAGCCUGCAGGAGAAAGCCAAGGGCAGUUCCCUCCGCAGAACACCCCAUGCGUGCUGAGAGGCGAGCUCCUUGAAGAAGGGGCUGUUCUUCCAGGAGGCCUUAUUUUGAACUGCCUCAGGACCCCACUGGAGAGCACAGCAUGCCUUACUACUGGGUCAUCCUUGGUCUAUGUGCUCUGUACUGGAGGCUCUGUUCUGCCUCUUAUCAGUCAGGUCAGGGGCACACAUGGCUUAAGUGACAAAGCCAGAGGAGAAGACAACCCUGACAGCAUCACACUGCAUCCCAUUGCUAGCAGGAUUGGCAACUCUUCAGACGGAGCUGCGCUUUCCUGCAGUCUAGCACCUCUAGGGUCUCUCCAGACUGUGCCCUGGGAGCUCUGGGACUGAAAGGUUAAGAAUAUUAGGCAGGAUCAGAUGACUCCUCUCAAAGAGGGCAGGGGAAUUUUCUCUCCAUGGGCCACAGGGGACAGGGCUGGGAGAAGAAAUAGACUUGCACCUUAUGUCAUGUAAAUAAUUGAUUUUCUAGUUCAAGAAGAUAAUAUUGGUAGUGUGGGAAUUGGAGGUAGGAAGGGGAGGAAGUCUGAGUAAGCCAGUUGGCUUCUAAGCCAAAAGGAUUCCUCUUUGUUUAUCUCUGAGACAGUCCAACCUUGAGAAUAGCUUUAAAAGGGAAAUUAAUGCUGAGAUGAUAAAGUCCCCUUAAGCCAACAAACCCUCUGUAGCUAUAGAAUGAGUGCAGGUUUCUAUUGGUGUGGACUCAGAGCAAUUUACAAGAGCUGUUCAUGCAGCCAUCCAUUUGUGCAAAAUAGGGUAAGAAGAUUCAAGAGGAUAUUUAUUACUGCCUCAUACCACAUGGCUUUUGAUGAUUCUGGAUUCUAAACAACCCAGAAUGGUCAUUUCAGGCACAACGAUAACUACCUUCGUGUGUGUCUGCUUUUAAACUUGGCUGGGCUAUCAGACCCUAUUCUCGGCUCAGGUUUUAAGAAGCCAUCAGCAAAUAUGUACGUGCAUGCUGUAGCUGCAGCCUGCAUCCCUUCGCCUGCAGCCUACUUUGGGGAAAUAAAGUGCCUUACUGACUGUAGCCAUUACAGUAUCCAAUGUCUUUUGACAGGUGCCUGUCCUUGAAAAACAAAGUUUCUAUUUCUAUUUUUAAUUGGUUUAGUUCUUACUGCUGGCCAACUCUUAUAUCCCCAGCAAAUCAUCGGGCCAUUGGAUUUUUUCCAUUAUGUUCAUUACCCUUAUAUCAUGUACCUCAGAUCUCUCUCUCUCUCCUCUCUCUCAGUUAUAUAGUUUCUUGUCUUGGACUUUUUUUUUCUUUUCUUUUUCUUUUUCUUUUUUUUUGCUUUAAAACAAGUGUGAUGCCAUAUCAAGUCCAUGUUAUUCUCUCACAGUGUACUCUAUAAGAGGUGUGGGUGUCUGUUUGGUCAGGAUGUUAGAAAGUGCUGAUAAGUAGCAUGAUCAGUGUAUGCGAAAAGGUUUUUAGGAAGUACGGCAAAAAUGUUGUAUUGGCUAUGAUGGUGACAUGAUAUAGUCAGCUGCCUUUUAAGAGGUCUUAUCUGUUCAGUGUUAAGUGAUUUAAAAAAAUAAUAACCUGUUUUCUGACUAGUUUAAAGAUGGAUUUGAAAAUGGUUUUGAAUGCAAUUAGGUUAUGCUAUUUGGACAAUAAACUCACCUUGACCUAAA